UACACCUAGUGUGCAACGCCGGAACGUGACGAGUCUUUAAACUGCAGUAAUUACUUGAGGUUUGAAAGAGAGCAGGCUUUGUUCCCUGGCUCGGACUGGCUGAUUGGGGUGAGAGGGGUGAGAGGGGUGUUGAGGGGAGGAGAAAAACACCCAGGACAAGUUAGGGGGGAAGGGGGGGGAGGAGACCUUGUUGUUGAGGCCGGUUUUGGUCUCUUCCUGCCUGUUAUUCGGAGCCGAUGGACGGGACGCGGAUGAGGAAAGAGGAGGCGAAGGAGGAGGAGGCGAAGGCGGCGGAGGAGGAAAAGACGACGACGGAGGAGGACGAGGUGGUGCAUCUGCGGAGGGAGAUCGGCCUGCUGCCCGCCGUGUGCUUCAUCAUCGGCACGGUGGUGGGCAGCGGCAUCUUCAUCGCACCCAAGGGCGUCCUGGUGAACAGCGGCAGCGUGGGGCUCUCCCUGCUGGUGUGGCUGCUGUGCGGGGUGCUCUCGCUGUGCGGGGCCCUAUGCUACGCUGAGCUGGGCACCACCUUUACAAAAUCCGGGGGCCACUACACUUACCUGCUGGAGACGCUGGGCCCGCUGCCCGCCUUCCUGCGUCUCUGGAGCGAGUGCUUGUUCAUCAGGCCGGCCGUGACGUCCUACGUGGCCCUGGCUUUCGGCCGCUACGUGGUGGAGCCGUUCUACGCGCCCUGCGUUGCUCCCGCGCCGCUCAUCAAGCUGGUCAGCGUCCUGGGACUGACGUUUGUGGUGGCCGUCAACUGCUGGAGCGUGGCCCUGGCCUCCCGCACUCAGAUCGCCUUGACCUUCGUGAAGAUGUUCGCUCUGGUCCUCAUCAUCGUCCCUGGGGUCGUCGCACUGGCCAAAGGGAAAACCCAGAGUUUCCAGAACGGCUUUGAGGUGGACUCGUUAACGCUGCACAGGUUGCCACUGGCCUUCUACAACGGCCUGUAUGCGUACGGCGGAUGGUUUUAUCUGAACUACAUCACAGAAGAGGUCAUAAACCCAAACAGGAACAUCCCGCUGGCGAUAAUCUUCUCCAUCGUGACGGUGACGGUGUGCUACGUGCUCGUUAACGUGGCCUACUUCGCCGUGAUGACCCCCGCCGAGCUGCUGCUGUCCGACGCCGUGGCCGUGACCUUUGCCAACCGGGCUCUGCAGAGAAUGGCCCCCGUGAUCCCCUUUCUGGUGGCGGUGUCCUGCCUCGGCGCGCUCAACGGCGGCAUCUUCGGGUCGCCCAGGAUGCUGUUCGUGGGAGCCAGGGAGGGCCACUGGCCCCAAAUCUUUUCCAUGAUUCACAUCCGCAGACGCACGCCAUUGCCGGCCGUGCUGUUCCUGUACCCCCUGAUGGUGCUGGUGUUGACCACCGGAGAGAUCUACCAGCUCAUCAACUUCGUCUCCUUCUCCCGCUGGUUCUUCAUCGCCUUGGCAACCUUGGGCCUGAUCGUCCAUCGGCAUCGCUUCCCCGACCACCUGCGCCCUUUCAAGGUGCCUCUAGCCGUCGCGGGAACCUUCACCGUGGUUUGCUUCUUCAUCGUGGGUCUGUCUCUGUACUCGGACCCCUGGAACACCGGGAUCAGCUGUGCUCUCACGCUCACCGGGAUCCCGGUCUACUACGUGACGGUGCACCGCUAUCGCUUACCACGCAGGCUCAGACGCAUCUUUGACUACUGCAGCAAGCAGCUGCAGAUCCUUCUAGAAGUGACUCAACAGGAAGUGAAGACCUUCUGAACAUCUCGCGCCACUGGAUUCAACCUUGAAUAAGUGCAAAGUGUUUUAGUGGGUUUUAAAUCUGUGAUUAAAGCAUCGGUCUUAACGAUUUUAACAGGUUUUCGUGGUAAAAAAAACAGAAUAAACUACAACAAAGCUGAAACAGUUUUGUAUAUGACUUAACUUAAUUUGACUGAUUAUUCCCUAAUACUUGAUAUUUGUGCAUUGGACUCUAAGUUGCUUACGUUGGACAGUAAGGGAUGCUGAAUAUUCUCCAUGAACAUCUAAAUCUCUGCUAAAGUCUUAAUUGUACAACGUUUUCUGAAACCAAUAAAAUGAUUUCAAAUGAAAAAGACAAUCCAUAAAUUGU